ACUUUUGUUUCUAAUUUUACCCUCUAUUUUCUAUUUAUUUUUCUACUCUGUACUUCUCCUAUGUUCUAGAUUCCGGUUCUGCCGAAUUCUUUUCCAGAUGUUAUCCUUUCAUCAUCGCAUCAUCGCAUUAUUUUUCAGUUCCUAUCCUAUUCUGCGCAUUCUUUUGCAGUUCUUAUUCUUUUUUUUUCUCAGCUUUUGCAGUUCUUAUUCAUUCUGCUUUUGCCAAAUACUUUUCCAGAUAUAAUCAUUUUCAUGACCGCUUGAACCGACUCAUUUUGAGUAUAAAAUCAGAUUCAUUUUCCAGUUGUUAUCCUAUGUUUUGCAUGAGGCAAUAGUGUUUUCUCAUCUUCCGUUAUGCUUCCCGAUUUUACCCCAUUGUGCGUCUCAAUUAACGGUUUGGUCUCUCUGACACAUUCACAGCCAUUGGAGUCUCGGUAAAAAGUGAGCCAGCGAUGCAGCUCUGAAGGAAAAAAAAAAAAAAAGGAAUGAAGAAGAACUCUGUUGGAGUUCACAAGUUCAUAGAAGAACUCGUGAAAAUCGAGUUUCCGGGAUCAAAACCAGUAUGUCAAGCAUCUUCAAAGUUUGGGCCAGCGUUGGUUCCCGGUCCGCUUAUCUUUGUCUUUGAAAAGGUCUCGACGUUUAUAGUCACAGAAGAGAAAGUCGAGCCACCGCCAGAAGCAGCAAAAACUGAAGAAGCAGCAGGUGGCAAAGAAAAGGAGAUCGUCGUCGUUGAGGAAGAGAAGAAAGAAGAAAAGAAGGAAGAGGAAGGGAAGAAAGAAGAGGUGGUGGAGAAAAUAGAAGAAGAGAAGAUAGAAGUUGUGGCAGUGGAGGCUGAGAAAGCGGAAGCAGCAGCAGCACCACCAGCUUCAACCGAGCCUGCAGCAGCCAAGGUGGAGGAAGCAGAACCCCCAAAGCCUUGACAAAUUCGAGUACAUGAGCAUGAGCAGCAACUUCCUUGAAAGUAAAAUUCGUGGGAAAGUUUAUCAAAAAAAAAAAAAAAAAGUGAUUUGUUAUUCUUUGUUCUCCAUCCUUUUCUUGUAAUAUUUCUCUGAUUUGCCCAGAAAAAAAAAACAAACAAAAAAAAAAAAAUCUGUAUUUAUUUUUAUGGAUUAUGCAAUUCAUGUGUGAACGGAUAAUCAUUGUGAAUUAAUCUGUAUUAUUUCCAAUAUAGUGGAUUGAUGGGAAA